UUCUUCAAGAAAGUUUGGUAAACAAAAGUUACUGCAGAGAACGAUACGAAGAUUGUUGUUUAAAAUAUUGUUAGCACGUAAAAUAUGGGAGACAAUUUUGGAAUUCACCGUGGACCUAUUAAAAAACCGGGUGAUAACAAUGAAGACCGAACCCAAGGCCAAAUUCUCAGUGAUUUUCUGGUCCAAAUGGAGGAUUACACUCCUACGAUUCCGGAUGCAGUCACGUCGUACUACCUGAAUUCGGCAGGAUUCGAGGCAUCAGAUCCGAGAAUAGUGCGAUUAAUUUCAAUUGCCGCUCAGAAGUUUAUCUCCGAUGUGGCUAAUGAUGCGCUACAACACUGCAAAACGAGAACCAGUAACGCACCCAAUACUAGCCACGGUUCGUCUAAAAAUCAGAAUGCUAAACUAGCGAAAGAUCGUAAAUAUACGUUGACAAUGGAGGAUUUGCAGCCGGCAUUGAACGAUUAUGGUAUCACCGUACGCAAGGCGCAUUACUUCGUUUAGGAACAAUGAGUUUAAGCUGUGACUGGAUGUGAAUCAUAAUAAAGUGCAACAUUUUCAUACAAA